AUGUUCCGCACGGCGGAUGUAACUCAAACAAAGGGCAACGAAUUCGAGGACUAUUUCCUGAAGCGUGAUCUGCUCAAGGGGAUAUUUGAAAAGGGAUUUGAGAAGCCUUCGCCUAUACAGGAGGAGGCGAUUCCGGUGGCAAUUGCUGGCCGCAACAUUUUGGCUCGGGCCAAGAACGGAACAGGGAAGACUGCGGCGUUCGCAAUUCCCGUCUUGGAGAAAUGCCAAAUUAACAAGCGUGCAAUUCAAGGUUUGAUCCUUGUUCCUACUCGUGAACUCGCUCUGCAGACGAGUGCUGUCGUUAAAGAAUUGGGCAAGUAUCUUAACGUGCAGUGCAUGGUCUCGACAGGGGGCACAAGCCUUAGAGACGACAUCAUGCGCUUGCACAACACAGUUCACGUUCUCGUGGGGACGCCUGGGAGGAUAUUGGACCUUGCGAACAAAGAUGUGGCAGAUUUACGUCAAUGCCACAUCGUGGUCAUGGACGAGGCCGACAAGCUGCUCUCCCCAGAGUUCCAGCCGAUUGUCGAGAAGCUACUUGAGUUCAUUCCUAUGCAGCGGCAGAUUCUGAUGUUUUCUGCCACAUUCCCAGUGACGGUAAAGGACUUCAAGUCAAAGUAUCUUGCUGAUGCUCAUGAAAUAAACCUAAUGGAUGAGUUGACGCUCAAGGGCGUUACCCAGUACUACGCCUUCGUGGAAGAGCGACAGAAAGUUCAUUGCCUGAACACGUUGUUUGCGAAGUUGCAAAUCAAUCAGGCUAUCAUUUUCUGUAACAGCGUAACGCGUGUCGAGCUGCUAGCGAAAAAGAUUACCGAGUUGGGCUUUUCCUGCUUCUACAUACAUGCUCGGAUGUUGCAGCCCCAUCGAAAUAGAGUGUUCCAUGACUUUCGAAAUGGUGCCUGUCGCUGCCUAGUUUCGUCGGAUUUGUUUACAAGAGGUAUUGACAUUCAGUCGGUGAAUGUCGUAAUCAAUUUUGAUUUCCCGCAAAAUUCGGAGACGUAUCUGCACAGAAUCGGACGUUCGGGCCGCUUUGGCCACCUGGGUCUGGCGGUGAAUCUGGUCACGUACGAGGACCGGUUUAACCUUUACAGGAAUCUCUCGCAUCAGGUUUACGUGAGUAUGAAGAGGUAG